UCGAAUGUUAUUUGCACAAUUGAUUAGAACAAAUUUGUUUCGAUUGUUCGCUUUUAUUUCCCACCCCAUCAUCAUAGAUAAGCACUUGAGCAAUUAUUGCCACCGCCUAGACCGAUCCGAUAACGCGUGUGGCAAGGAUACGCAGUUCAGGUUCGCCGCGAUGCGUUCAGUUAUUCGUUUGAUCUCGUUUCGGUAGGAUUCGCCCAAGUUCCGGUGUGAAAUCGUGAAUUGGCUAACCCAAUUGGGGUUCAAAUGCGUGGAAUAAUUGGUGGAAAGUCCUUCGAUGUCACGGUGCCGGAUCAGGAUGACAAAACUAGGAAAAGUGCAUCGAGAUGGAGCUUGAAGAAUAAAAAGAAACGGUGGUUGCCAAUCCUGUUCUGUGUCUUUUGCUUUUCCUUGCUGAUUGGUUGGGUUAUACGAGAUAUAUUCUACAACCGUGGUAAUGGGUCUGUUGUUCUUAGUGACAACGAUACAGAAAUUGUGGAGUUUGAAAGCAUCGAUGAGAAUAGCGGAAGAAGAGAGCUGAUAGCAGAUUCGAAUCUCUCGUGCUCCUUGGGAAGCGAUUGUACAGUUUUGUGCGAAGGAUUAAAUGUUAGCGAUUUGUCAUCGGAAAUCAACAAAACUCUUGAGGGCCAACACUGUCUCAGUAUAAAUCUAGUCAUCGCAUCCCUUUCAAUUGACGAUGGGAAACUUUACUCUCGCUGGCUCGAUCUGAACGAAUCUAUCACAAUCAACCAACUGGAGCUGAGGCAAUCCGAAAUUUUGGAAAUUCCAUCUGGCGUGUUCGAUGCACGCCAUUUUUAUAGCGUUUCUAUUCUUACUCUCGACUCCCUUCUGGUGACCACUUUGCCUGCAAACAUUUUCCUGGGGUUACAGUUGCUGCAGGAGCUUAAUUUGAAAAAUUUACCACUGUCACAAGUGGAUGAGUACGUGCUGGCGCCAGUGAAGUUCACGCUGACUAGCUUGUUGGUGGAGAACUGCUUGGACUUGCUCAACCCUCGGGUGUUCACCGGAGCCACAACUAUGGACAAUUUGGCAAUCGUUUCUUUUGAGUAUAACAUUUUUCACGACGUACUCAGCGCUGAUUCGUUUUCGAUGGUUCCCAGUUUAUCCAGCUUGUACUUGAGACAAUCACAUAUAAGAACGCUACCCGAGGAUUUGUUUGCGAGUAUAAGUAAUUCGAUUGAGCAAAUCCAUCUCGAUGGAAAUGAGUUGACUUCGAUCGAUGAAGGCGUGUUCGGCAGUCUAUUAAAAAGAGAGGUAAAACUAUAUCUGAAGGACAAUCCAUUUGUUUGUGAUUGCGAUUUGGUGUAUUUGAGAAAAAUGGUAAAAGCAUAUCCAAAUAUGUUCGACGAGAUUACAUGUACCGAACCAAUUGAAUUUUUUGGGUGGUUGGUUUCUGAAGCCGAGUUCUGCAUAACUACUUCUGAACCUCCAACAACGAUCAGCACCACCACAGAUGUUACAACUUUCUCUGAGGUAACGGAUUUACCAGAGGAUACAACUAUACAAACCACAGAAACUACGGAUAAGACAAAACCGCAACCAUCCACUAGGCCAACUGGUGAACCAACUAAGCCAACAACUUUGGCACCGGCUACGACUACCACGACUACUACUAUUGGAGAAGAGCCUAUAGAAACAACUAUAGAAACUGUUUUUCCGACUAGUGAAACUACAAAUACGAUCACUACCACUACUCCUACUCCUACUACUACUACUACUUCUAUUCCUACUACUUCUACCACUCCUACUCCUAUUACUACCACUUCUACCACUCCUUCUCCUACCACUUCUUCCACCCCAUCUACCACUACUGCAGCAGCCAACACCUUUACCGCGCAGUGCGUCCAAACUGCUGUUCAAAUAGAUGCUGACAUCACCACCUAUCAAAGCUUCGAGCUGUCUCUCCACAGACGCAGUAAAACCUUCACCAUCCUUGAGUCGCAGGAGGGAGCCGUUGAGCUUAUUCUGGACCAACUGUACAGCUCGUCUGCAAUUCUCUGGUUCUAUGACACAUCGACCUUGAGUUCCAUAUUCGCCCUCCAGAUCGAAGACAGUGCCGGUUGUGCCGAAAUCUUGGGACGAACUGUGCGAAUAAGUAAUCUCAUACCGGAUAAAAACUACAUCUUUUGUGUGAUCUACCAGGAGGAAAACACCAUUUCUCCCUUCGACUGUCUUCCACACAAGCUGCUGCCAACGUACGGACAAAGAACUUGGCUGAUUGAGGAUCAGAAGAUUACCGUGAUUAGUAUUUUGAUAGCCUCCGUUCUGGUGGCUAUCAUCUGCGGGGUUGUAUUGAGCUAUUGCUUCAUCAAGAGUUUCGAUGCGUAUCAGAAAACUUGCCGCAAGCCAACAACAGAAAUGCGAAUCGACCGAAGUACCACCAACCAAUGCUACAUGACUCCGGUUGCCGAACCACCAACCAGAUCCGACAGAUCCCGCCACAAGCGCAGCGUUUCCGAGAGCAGUAUCGAGAGUUGCCGUAGCUACGUGUCCGCCGUUGUCCCACCGACCCAGUUCCAGUACAUUUCCUGGAAGUUGCGUAAUCGACCGCGGCACUCGUCGAUUCCUUCCCACGGCACCCAGCCGCGUCCGUCGAUGGAGUUCUACCCUAAAGAUCCGCCACCGCCGCCACUGCCCCCGCAUCCGACCAAACGGUUGAAGAAGCAAAAGUCGGAAAUUAAAAUCAAUUUUCAGGAAAUUUACGACGAACCGAACAGCAGCAGCUAUACAUCCAGCAUGCACAAAAACUUCCACCCGGGAAAGCAUUGAGCAACUUCCACUUUGGGAAGUGUGGGCUGAUAUCUUACAUUUUUGCCGUUUCUAAUCCAUUCAAACAAUAGUUAAAAUAAUAUACUUAUAAACUUUCAAUUGAGAAUUUGACAUACAGUAUGAAAAUCAAAUAAAUUGUUUAAAAAUA